CUUCCGGGGCGGGGCUAGCCGGGACAGGAAGUGGGGAAGACGGGACAGGAAGUGGGGAAGACAGGAUGGACAGUCUUGGCGUGACACUUCACCGUGGUCACCAUGUGGCUGUCACAUGGGAUGGCAGUACUUCUCCUGAGGCUCUGGCACAGUUGGUGUCCCUAAUGCAAGAAGCAGUGUCUCCAGAUGGAAGGGUGGCAGUGGAGAAUGUGGAGCGUCUGAUACUGUCCGCCCACCCUCAUUCAUCCUUUGAUGCCAUCUUCCUUGGCAUGGUGUCUGGCAGCGUGUGUGUUCACAGUUCUGAUGUCCUGGCAGAAGUAGCUCGUAUCCUAAAGCCAGGUGGGACAGUGGUUAUUCAGGAGCCUGUGAUCUCUGAAACAGGUAAAGGGGAAUCUUUACGGACCCCAACUCUGCUCUUUUCUGCUCUCAAACUCUCAGGUCUAACAAAUGUGACUCAGGUGCUGAAGGAGCCACUUACCUCCCAGCAGGUAGAAGCCCUAGGGACACAGCUAGGAGUAUCUCCAAAGGAUAUAUUUGUAGCUCGAGUCAGUGGAAAGAAACCCAAUUUUGAAGUGGGAUCGUCUCAGCCUCUUUCAUUCACAAAGCGCCAAGUUCCAGCAAGGCCUUCAGCAGAUCCAGCAGCUGUGAAACUUUGGACUCUGUCAGCUAAUGACAUGGGUGACGAUGAUUUGGAUCUUCUAGACUCUGAUGAGCUCUUGGACCAGGAUGACCUUAUGAAGCCAUCUCCAUCAUCCCUGCUAUCUGGAGGAUGUGGUGAAAAAAAUGAAAAGAAACGGAAAGCAUGCAAAAACUGCACAUGUGGCUUAGCUGAGGAGCUGGAGGAGAACAGCAAGCAAUCUGCCCCAAAACCUGCACCCUCAGCCUGUGGUAAUUGCUAUUUAGGUGAUGCGUUCCGCUGUGCAAGCUGUCCGUACCUUGGAAUGCCAGCGUUCAAACCCGGAGAGAAGGUUCUCCUGAAGCCGACCCAGCUCCAAGAUGCCUAGUGUGAAUGGAGCUUCUCAUUAACUGUGUCUUGGUAGAUGUUCUAUUCUGCAGAAUGUGUCUCGAUGCUUUCUAAUAAAAUAUUUAAAUAAUGCCA